GACGGAUGGGAUUUCGCAACGUGAAGUUCUCUCCGUCAAACUUCACAAGUUAGAUUGACUUGGAGAUCUGUUUUCAGCAGAGAAGUCAUCACACUAUGUGUGUGUCAUUCCUGUGCUCAAACGGACUUCGUGAGUGAAAGCUUGACAAAAAUGUGCUUGAAUAGUGCUUAUAGUAGAUAAGAGAUGUGUGACAGCAUCAGCAGGCGUUAUUCAUGUGGACUGCUGAUUUGUGGCAACUCGCCUGUGGAUGUGCCUGGUGUGGCAGCUGAUUAGCUCAACAGCUUAAAAAUGUCUUCUGGUUCAGAUAGCAGUCUGUCUUCGCUCCUGAUGAUACCUGAUCAGAGAGUCUCUGCUCAGGAUCUGGUGCGAGGGAAUUACACUCUUGCAGGAUGGUUACGAAAACGAGGACGGCUGAACGUCAUUCCUGGUGCAAGGAAGGUCUUCCCAUGGCUACACCAAUUUGUUGUACUACACGAGGGCUGUCUGUACACCUUCAAGAAUGAGACUGCCAAGAAACCCUUGCGAGCUUUCUCCUUGUAUGGAUACAACACGGUGUAUAGGGCAGGUGAAGUGUUACCUGCAGAAGCUCCCUGGGCCUUUAAGAUCUGUCACACAUUCCCUGAAUAUAAAACAUACUACUUUUCUGCCAUGACGGAACAACACAUGAAGGAAUGGAUGAAGCAAGUUAAGCACGAAAUGAAACGGGCCAACAACAAAUUAAAGCAGAGGACACGGGCAGAUGGACAGGAUGAAGAUGAACAGUCCAUAUCAUAUGAAGACAUAGAGCGGGAGAUCUACAGUGACCCUAGUCAGCUUGUUAUUACAGACAAAACACCUCUCCCACCCCGCCAAGAUGAUGAAUCUGACGAGGAGUAUGUGGAUGCUGAAAGGCCGCCUGAUACACCUGUACUACCACGCAUAAUAUCCAAACCCCUGCCUCCCCCUGUUAAACUCAAACCCAAACCAAAACUCGGCAAACAGCAAGUAUCCCCAGAGAAGGAUCUUCAGCAAGGCAUAACGGCGGAGUUCAAAGAGAGGCUGGGGGUGAGCCCUAAUCCUAGGAAGAAACCUGUAGAGUUGCCUGUGAGAAAACCACCUGAUGGGAAGAACUUCACACUGACAGACCGAGUUGAGAGGAAACCUCCAAAUCUUCCCAUCCGUCCUGGCCAUGGGCGAACGCUGUGCGAUGACGAAUCUCCUUUAAAGAACUGUCCAAGGAAGAAAGUUACCACAUAUGUUGUUGUAAGUUACUUUUCGGUGGGAGUUAUAUCCAUGUAAAAUAUGCUGGGUUGUUAUUCAAAGCCUUGUGGUGUUUUAAAGCAGCUUAUUGUUAGAGAUGGUGCACAUAUUGGUGUAGGGUCAUUAGACAGGUUCAAAACCAAGCCUUGGUCUAGAAAUUUAUAGAUUCUAAUGCUCUCAGACAGAAGCAUAAUCAGUUUUGAGCUUGUCUGUACAAAGUACAGGAAUAGCUUAUAUCAUACCCAGAGCAGCGUCCAUGUAAAGCACAAUAACAGAAGAUGGAUGAUCUUUAGUGAACACACUGCAUGCAUAUUAAUUACUGUAAAUUACAGAAUGCAUGACUUAAAGGAAGCAUGAAAGGGAACAAAAGGAUUAACUGUGAAACAAAGGUUAUGUUUCAACACAAAAUUAAGAAAAUUAUGCCCCAGAAUUUUCGUUAGACAAAUGGAAAAGGCAGAAUAGGGCUAUGGGAUUUUCCUGUGAAGGAAGAUGUUUGUUUCCUUUCGCAGUAUGACAGUUUUUUUUUUAAUCAGGUUUUAUUCCACCUUAUUAUUGGAAUGAGUGUUUAAUUUUUAACCCAUGCAUGUUCAAGGUCAGUCCUCAGUUACAGUGGUUUGCCUGAGGUAUGUUUAUGCAGAGCAUGUUAUAAAGGAGUUAAAAGAUAAGAGAUGUUUAAACUUUGAUAGACAGACAGAAAGACAGAUUAAGCUACUUAUUGGUACCCUACUUCCUCAACCUUUUCACAAAUAAAAGAGCAACUUUCAGUGCAAUUUGUGUACACUUUUAAUUUGAUUUUGAAGAUAAAUGUACAAAAAAAAAAAAAU